GUAUUUUUUAAAUCAAAACCUAAAUUCCUUCAAAUGUUCUUGUUCUUCUUGUUAAAUUUAUUUAUAAUUUUGGUUGAAUUCUGCAUUGUUUCUUCGUUCGCCCAUAAUAUCAGACCAAAUUAUUAUUAUCAACAACAAAUUCAGCCAAUUAAUGAGGAUAUUUCUAUCCCGUUAGUCUCUAAAAAAGCUUUUGACAGAGUUGAUGUCUCUACUUUUGAUUUCAACAAAAGAUUUAACGAUUUAGAAGAUAACACAUCACCUUUAGGGAAAUUAUUUUUCCCCUCUCCUUCCAAACAACAAAAAUUAACUAAAAAUCCUCGUCACAUAAAUUCAUCAAUUUAUGGACCAAGAAGACAAAUAAAUUUACUAAAAUCUUCUUAUUUAUCCUCUUCUCCGAGGAAACGACCUGUAGCAAGAAUUUAUGGAUUUGGAAUUUUCGGACCGUUAAAACUUAAAAGAAAUUUAUAA